UCUGUUAGCACCGGUGGAGAGAAGAAACUAACUGCUGAACAACAGAUCUGUCUUUUAUGGGUAUUUAUUCUGCAGAAGGGAAGCCAGUUGAAACAGACAGUCGAGCGUCUGCCGCAAGUGUCCCUCCGAAGGACAGGACAGAAGCAUAGUUAUACAACCAUUAUCCGGACUUGACCAGGUGCAAUGACAUAUCCCGGGUUAAUCAGAACCUGUUGACAUGAAAACGCCAUUGGAGAAACUUGUUUUGGAGACACUAGAGGUGUGAAUCUCAGCACUGAGGACAAUUCGAUACACAUCUCGAUGCACUGCCAGCGAUACCAUAUUUUAACGAUACAUGGAAUUUUCUGGCGAUACGAUUCACCCUCUUCACGAUGCGAUACGAUCAUUUAGUUCACAUCAAUGCAAUCUGAUAUGAUAUGGUGCAAUUUCUUGUGAUAUGAUGCAAUUCAACAUGAUGCAAAUAAGCAAAGGGAAAAAAUGGAAUUCAGUAUGGUCCUACAAAAAGGAUUUGGCUUUAUUCCUUCUAGGCAUUUGGCAGUAUUCUACUAAAGUGCUGUUUGUCUUUUUUACUAUGCACCACUUCUUGAUCAUUCUUUUUGACAUCUUAAAACAGCAACAACUUUCUUCACACUUUCACAUCGGCUAUGCAAUUACAAUAGCAGUGUUUAAGUGGUGGAGUAAAACAAUUAAACAAUAUAUACACAUAUACAUAUAUACAAUAUAUAUACAAUACAGCAACAGCAAAGUUAAAGUGACACUUUCAACAGUGCAAUCAAUGUUUGUUUAUAUUCCUGUCUGCGAAAUAUACUGCUAAUAUGAAUGAGCUAGCAGUUAGGCUAAUACAGUAGUGGGGAGCAGAAAGUGUAAAACAACUUCUACCCUUUUAAAAUUGUUUCCAAAUUCAGGAAGAAGCCAACUGCUCUGCUUUUCUAAUGUCACCUGCUGUGCUGAACACAUGUUCAGAAUGUUUUGGUGUCCCCUUUUUAAGGGGGGGUCUGCAUAAUGAUGCUAAAAUAUAAGAACUCCAUCACAGCGUGUAUGCUGCAUGUGUGUGUGUGUAUACUGUGUGUGUAUGUAUUGCAUCAUUUUUGCCCGAUAUUGUCUAUUGUUCUACUUGUUCUUGUUUUGCUUGUUAUUCUGCAUGCUGCUCUUUGUGUCUUUUAAAUUGCUCCUCAAGGAUAAAUGAAUAAUUGAAUUGAAUGAGCUCUCGUACGUCAGUGAAACUCAUGUCUUCGUCAAGCGACUGUGAGUCAUGGAUACUCAAGUCUUGAGGCUCACGGAUGCUAUGAGUCGCUGACUCACAGGCACUGGACAAAUACUUUCAGUUUUGAAGCUAACGUCUUCACCGAGCACCCGUGAGUAAAAGUAGGUGGAGUCUCGGUGGCGUGUGUGUGUGUGAGUGAGUGAAAGUGGGUGGAGUCUUGGUGGAGCAGCUGUGAUGCCGCUCAGGCAGGGAAUGGAAAGGAGAGUCGCUCUGAGGCAAGGAGGAAAUGUUUAGUUUUUUGGUAAUUUUACACUGAUACACUAGACUAACUGUUUAUAUGAAGAGGAAGACAUUUUUAGCUAUGCUGUGAGGCGGCCAUUUUGGUUGGACUGAAAUAUGAACUAGAAAAUUACCACACAAAUUUUGGUGGGAAUGCAACCUGUGCUGUGAACCUCUGGCCUGGUGUCUGCUGUGCCACGCUGCCGAACAAUGCCCAUCACUGGAGAAAUUGUUGACAUUGACAUGAAGAGCUGCAGGCACUUUGUGUGAAACAGCGGUUCCCCAAUGGCGACUGGGGUUUCUUUGGUCCCAGAAGAGGGAUGGGGCUGUUGGGACUCGCAGAGGUAAGCUGCCUGAUCAAUGAAAAGCAGGCUAACGCCUUGGAUGGCUCAUCAUCUUGCAUGAAACCAGUCUCUGCCAUUAGUUGCUAUGUCGCAGCGAAAGAGGUCGUGGUCGGUGCUGCUCGUGUGUGUAUUGCUGCAUUUGUGUGUGUGUUUUCAGAGCUAAAUGAGUGUUAGGUGUCGCCCGGGGAAAUGGAUGGCCCUCACACUCACACCCUAAUGGCUCACAUGCUUCGUUUAACAGGCUCAAAUCAUUCAAUUAAUGUCUUUCAGCGGCGGGCUUGCAGAGCUCCUGCCUGCAUGAGCGCCUAGUCGACUCCAGCUUUGCGGACAAAUGAUAACGACUUUAUCGGCCUGGUCCACAUCUUCUUCACCCUGUGAGUGGAGAAAGGACGGUCAGCGAGGGCAAAGAAUGGAGCUGUGCAAUAGGAAUUAGCCAUCAAUCAUCACUGUUAAAACUACAAGAUCUCAACCAACCUGUUUCAUUCAACAGGCAGACCUGUAGCGCAAAGACGGGGAGCAGCAGGAGGAGGUGUUUUGCUUUACCUUCCUGGAAGGUGAGAAAGUCUAUUAGCAGCAGAUGCUGGAUCAUCCCAGGGUGACACCCGCUCACGGCAAGGGAUGAACAAAUGAGGCAGCCUCGAUGAGGACCCGGGCGUUCUUUUUUACUCACGCUCCAAAGACUAAAGCUGCCUCGAGGACACACAGCCUGACAUCUCGGAUUUGAGUUGGACUUUUUUUCCCCUCCGUUGUGACAAUGGAUGGAUUUUAAAUGGGAGAUUUAUCCAACAUUUAAGAGACUAACGCAGUGGAUGGAGUCUGUUGCAAAGGAAUCAUCGGCAUUGUAAUAAGUCGAAUUUUGCCGUCAUGGAGGCACACAAAGAAAAGGCAAAACAGACUUAAAAAAUAUGAACGGGGAUUAAAGAGGAAUAGGACAAUGGAUCGGGUUCCUUUGAAGUUGAUAGGUUGGAGUUGAAGGUGGACACAAGACAGCAUGGACUCACCGCAGAACGGUCCCGAGGCGCGGCCCAGCUUCGCCCCGUUUCAGGAAAGAUUCAACGCCACGCCCGGCCUCAUGCUGCCGUCCUCGCUCAUGCCCCCUUUGCCAUCCGCUCCCGGCGACACCGUCCCGUCCCUCAACGAGCUGGCCGACCUGGAGCACAUGUUGCUGUGGACGCUGCACGAGCCCAGCACCAUCGCUCUGACACUCAUGUACUGCCUGUCCUUCGUUCUGGGAUUUGUGGGUAAUCUGAUGUCCCUGCGCGUCCUCACUAACAGACGCAGCCGGCGGCUGGCGGGCAUCAGCGCCACCCGCAGCCUGCUGGUCAACCUGGCCGUGUGCGACCUGGCCGUGGUGUGCGUGUGCAUGCCCAUCACGCUGGCCAGUCAGAUCUACACCGCCUGGGUCUACGGCGACCUCUUGUGCAGGGCCGUGCCCUUCACACAGGCCGUCUCCGUGUCGGCUAGCGUACUGACGCUAACCGUCAUCAGCGUCAACCGCUACUACAGCGUCCGUUCGCCGCUGAAGGCCCGCUCCAUGUUUACACGGCGACGCAUUCUCGUGACAGUCGGCGUGGUGUGGGCCGUGUCAUCGGUCAUGUGCGCCCCCAUUGCCGUGAUGAACCGACGGCGGGAGAUCAGCUUUGGUACGUUCGCCAUCUUGGUUUGUCAGGAGGAGUGGCCUAAGCCUCGCCUAAAGCAAGGAUACAACGUCUUGCUGUUUGCCAUGCUCUACUGUUUGCCUGUCACCUUCAACCUCACCAUCAGCUUCCUGACGGGCCGGCGCCUGUGGACCGGUAAGAAGACCACUUUCGCCGACCUGGACCCUCGUAGCCAGGCACUGCACGUGUCACGCCUCAAGAUGCGGCAGAAGAUCGCCAGGAUGGUGGUGUGCCUGGUGCUGCUCUUUGCCGCCUCGUGGCUGCCACUCUACUUGGCCGACCUUUGGAUCGACCGAGAGCAAAGGCCGCCAUCUUGGCUGCUGCAGACGCGUCCGUUCGCCCAGUGGUUGGGCCUGACCAACUCCAGCCUCAACCCCAUUUGCUACUGCUUCAUCGGUGACCUGUACCGCUCGGCUCGGGUGAUACGGACGCGCUACUACCAGAAGGUGGCCUCUCUCUUCGGCACCGCUUCCUUCUCCAGCUCAGCGGCGGUGGCGUCUCCCGUCAGCGUCAUCGUUGAGGACAGCAAAGUGGCCGCCUCAGAGGAAGAGCACAUUGCUGCCGCUGUCUCCGCCUCGGUGGCAACCAUUCCUUGCUUCCUGGGCUCGGCACAAGGUCAAGGACUGGGCCGGAAGAAUGCCGACAGCCGCUUCAGAUCCGACCACAGCAUCUCCGACUGGUGUCGCUCCAGUCCAAGCUUGUGCGACAUCAACGCCUUGUUUCCCAGCCAGAUACGCACGUUCGAUCCCAUACCACAGAGGCAAGACUUCCUUCCCGCGAGGAGACACUCGGCAAGCCAGAAGUUUGGCUCGCUCCCUUCAAGCCUGGAAGGAGGGGACGGAUGUGGUGCAUGCGAGGAGGCAUUCGGGAGGCAGACUAUCUGAGGUGUAUGCUGAUAAGAGAGAAAUCAUCACCGGGAGCUUUUGUUACGACGGCUGGCGCUCAAGUGACACAUCCCCAAGAUGAGAGAAUGGAAGUGGCAACAUGAGCAGCGUGUGAAAGCCUGAAGCUUAUCUGGCGGCUCACAAAGCUUUACCUGAGGCUGAUGUUGUGCUUAACCCCCCCUCACACACACACCACUGUUGGCCUCCACCAUGACCUGCCAUCCAUGCACAUGCCAUCCAAAGCACAAACGAGACUUCGGGGGAGCUUGAUUACCCCCCUGGUGGUGAGGUUUGUUGGCAGGAGCGCCACUUAUCAGUGCUAAAGCAGCAGUCAGUCUGUUGUUUUUAUUCAUCUGCCAGACAACCGCUUGGUUGUACUGGUGGAAAGACUCACAUUUCUAUUUGCUGGCACACCAAAGGCCAAGCUGCUUUUGUUUACAGACACACCCUGGUCGCCAGUUUAAUAGUCUACACACUCUGUCUUUACCUGCAAGGCUUCUUACACACACAAACGUCUUGGCACACGCCUCUUACUUCAUCAAAUCAAUCAGGAAUCGGGGCGAUCCAAAGUACGUUAAAGGACUGCACUUGACCUGUGCUUUUCUAAUAGUUUGGCGGGUCCCCUAUUGGGCCUGGUGAGUUGUCAGGGGGACUUGAGAGGUGGGGGAUUAUAUGAAAUCAAGGUUGCCCGGUCUUCAUGUAUCUGAUGGCAGGUGAUAUCUAUCUGUAGGAUGAAUCUGCCCCCUGUAGCUGUUCUGACAUUGGACUCGGGACCUUUGGAAUGGGAGUCCAGAGCGCUGAUCGUUGGGUCAAAAGCACGGACUGUCAACCCAGUGUUCAGCUCAGCUUUUAGGGUGCUGGCAUCUGUUACACUCACCCCCUCAAACCUCACGCCCACCCAGGACACGGCUUGUACCACACUGGGCUCCAACACAGGACCUUUGAAACUUGGAAUAAAGAGCACUGACCGUUGGAAAAACCUUGACUGUCAACCUAGCAUUGAGCGCAGCUCUUAAGGCUGAGGGAGUGAGGUUCCCCAACAUGCACCACACCGACCAGCAUCCUUUACAUCCUUUAGAUCUAUAGGAACUAGAGAAGGUGGAAUCGAAUAACAAUAUGUCAGCACGGCCACAAACCCUGCCGGACAGGCGUGAUAGAAACUACUUGGAAAAAGUACAUACAAUGACCUGAAGGUGUCAUCCUGCCAACAAUCACAAACUCUGCUACUGCUGCUAACGUCUUCCUCCCUCCCCUCCUCUCACCUACCUCCUUGUCUACCGCCUUGUCCCUGUUGUGUGUUUAUUCUUUUGCAUUUCAUUAAACACUUCUCUUGGCUCCGCUUUGUUGUCUGUCUGGAAUACUUUCCAGCAACACUUCACUUGGGAAGUAUCGUCGUCUCCUCUCACCCCUUGUUGAAACUUAAAGGAGAAAUAAAUCAAACACCAAAGUCCGCAGUUUCCUACCUUUUUCGUAUGUGCCACUGUUCUGUCCAACAGACCAUGGAGGGAUAAAAGCCAGCAUGGCAAUUUGGCUCCUUUGGAGGUAACUACGGGGACCUCGGAGUACAGCUGUACGCCAGAAGUACACCACCCACGGGGGGUUGUACCAUGCCUAUCAUUUGGAGUCAUGCUACCAACACUAACUAGAAAAGCUGAUUGGUCCAAUCCUUAUCACUUCCUAUGGAAUUUGGGACCUCCCCCAAAUCCAUUUGUUUUGCUCUUCUCUGCCAUCAUAUGAAACAGAGGUGGCACAGCGUCUGUGUAUGAGCGUGUUUAUCUCAUGCUCAGACCUUCUUAUUUCACACCAGACUCUGAUUUCAGGAUGCUGUGUUGCUGUGUCAAAGUGCAGUGACGACAUAAGCCCACUUAGCGAGGUCCGGUGUAUGCUGACGUCUUCCUGCCUUGAUGAGCAUUACUCCUUCUUCUCCUUCUCGUAACACUUACUGACUGCUACAAGUCUGUGAAAACCAAGCAAAGCAUUUUCCAGGCAGAAGUCAGCUCAGCAAUAUUGUGGAGUAGCAAGACGUCAGACAGCACCUGUGUGAAAGGUUUUCUGCAGUGAACACCUCCGACCUUUUACUUUUCCCUCCCUGUUGUGUUGAGAGUAAUGGUCACUGUCAGACAAUUUGUCCAAAGCUGACAUUUUCCCACGUCCUUGUUCAGUCUUCAGAGUGCCGUGAUAGAGGUGGGACGGUAGGACGGUGCCUGUGUGAAAGGGCAUUCCGCCCUAUUGUGUUUGCUAUUUUAUGCAUAAACGGUCUGGAAUCGCUGUGGGAAAGUGCACACGGUGGCGACAAUAUCUUGUUUGCUGGGUUGUGUGGAACAGACGGAAGCAGAUAAACGUCAGCUUUGGGACGGAGGAGGCUAUUUUGUAGUUGCAGAAAUUUUCUUGAAAUGUGACCUGAAGACAAAUUAACUGGAUGCGAUUAAAGAAACAUCAGGACGUGAAACCCCGCCCCCUCCUUCCUGCUGCACAGCUGACCUUGGCGACCCCGUCCAAUCAGCAGUGUUCAUCUUCAAGGAGGAACGAGCUGGAGUCUUUCUCACACGUCUGUUUUAGUUCCCUCAAGCCCUGAUUGAAUCUUAACGGCGUCCGAGCGUCGCCAUAAAAAGCUUAUUAUUCCUUCAUCACAUCAAACUAAUUGGGGGCGGGAGAGACGGUCGGCUUGCGGGCUCAUCAGCGAGCACACAGACCUUAUGCUUGAUGAUCAGUUGCUUGUGGUGAUGAGACGGUCACAUGACACACAAAGGAGUCUUCAGCUUGGUCAGAUUGUGAAUGGAUGAGGGCGUUUCUCUUCUACGCACGCUUCCUUCGCUCAUCACGGGCCGAGAGGUGUCACACUGGGUUCAGUGGAUUUCCUCUUCAUUUCAUUGUCGAGGACCAUGGA